AUGAAGUUCGCGCAGAAUCUCCCGCGCAACCAGGUGCCUGAGUGGGCUUCGUCGUACAUCAACUACAAGGCACUGAAGAAGCUGAUCAAAGCCGCCACCAAGAAUGUCGAAGAGCAUGGCGGAGAAGAGCCAGACCUGGCUGAGUUCUUCUACACUCUUGAUCGCCAGUUGGAGGAUGUCGACACCUUCUACAAUCGCAAGUAUGCCGAGUUCUCCCGCCGACUUCGACUUCUGUACGACCGCUAUGGCAUGGCGUCCAAGCUCAAAGACGGCAUGGAAAAGGAGGACAUGGAGGACCUGAUGGGAACACUUCUCGAGCUUCGCGGCCAGUAUCGCAAGCUCCAGUGGUAUGGCGAGGUCAAUCGCCGUGGCUUCGUGAAGAUUACCAAGAAGCUGGACAAGAAGAUAGCAUCUUCACACACCCAGAGCCGCUAUCUGGCCACAAAGGUUGACCCAAAGCCUUUCGCCACUAACAAUAAGCUCACCCUUGACAUGCGUGGCAUUAAUGAAUGGCUCUCCAGCUUGGGCGAGAUCAAAGUCCUGGACGAUUCCAGUUCUGUACACUCCGGCAGCUCUGGCUCCAUCCAUCGCAUGGGUUCUAGGGCCGCCCUGCGCAUUCCAUCCUCCGCGCUGGAAGCCAUGGAGAGUGCUGUUCGUGAGGAUAACACGGCCAAGUUGUUUGAACUUGUCUCCACUCACCUUCCCAACGCCAACAAUGGCAUGCAGAAAGGCCUUCUGCUUGAUCUACUGCAACGAGCGAUAAGCUUUCAGAAACUUAACUGUAUAGCAGCCAUCAUCGACAAGCUGCCCUCGAUCGAUCCAGACGACGACAUAAACAAGCGCAAUUGCUUGCACCGACUCAUCAUCGCCACUGGACGGGCAAGAGCAUCGCACAACUCUGGGGGAUAUCAGGAGAUAUCAAAGACAACUGGUUAUAUCAACGCUGCAGAGCCGCCCGUGCGAGCUCCGGGUGCUUUCAAGGUCGAAGAGCGUGAUCCGGAUCAGGAUCCGUUCAAAGAUGACCACAUUGAGAAGCUGCUUGUCUUCAUUUUGGAACAUCUGAGCAAGGAACAACAGCCAGCAGUGCUCACCAAAGACAUUUACGGCAGGAUGCCACUCCACUAUGCCGCUCAGUACGGACUCGUAUUCGCCACUGACAUGCUGAUGAAGCACAUGCAGCAAUGGGGCCUGUUCAAUGUUUCCAGCGGCAUUGACGCACCAGAAUGGCAGGAUGACGAAGGCUACGCACCCCUCCACUUGGCUGUCAUUGGGGGUCAUUACCGCACGUCUAAGGCGCUCUUGCUCGUUGAUGACUGGCACCACUUCAAAGACGCUCGUUUGACCAACAAGCACGCAGAGAAGAGUGGAUUAUCUCUGGAGUUGGCCACAAAGUCCAACUACCACAAGAUCGUGAAGCUCCUGGUCGACGUCGGUGUCGAUGUCAACUUUCGUGACGAGAAUGGGGAGACUGCGCUCCACAUUGCCGCUAGAUUCGGUUAUGAGGAUUGUGCACGCGCUCUUCUCGAUGCAAAGGAGGGCGAGCAGCGCAUCAACGUCGAGAUCGGCGAAAAAGCGUACAACUGGACGCCAUUGUUCAUCGCCUGCGUCAAUGGGCACAUGAAUAUCGUCAAGCUUCUGAUCGCUGCUGGAGCUCAAAUCAACAAGUUUGAUUCUUCGCUCUGGACGCCUCAGGAACAUGCUGCUCUCCGCGGCCAUAUUGACAUCGCCAAGUACCUCGCACAAUUCACACCACCUCCAAGCAUACAUCCCAGCCCAGAGUUGCAGGCUCAGCUGUCCGGAUCGCCUCCCAAAUCAUCGUCCCUAGAGGACAGACGAUCGAACGGCGUGCAGCGGGAAGAGGUUCAGAGGAUGAGAAUCCCAGAACCAGUGAAGUCCUUCGGUCAUCGUUACUUGUCGGAUGAAUCCAUGGUAUUGGUGUCGCUCGGGACUUUGGACGAAAACAAAGACCUGAAGCCGAUCAGUCUGGAGGAUAUUGCCAUCACCGACGCUCACGCCACGCAGCUUGAUACAGCUUUGUCCCUGGUUGUGACGGCGCAAGGUGCCACGGGCGAGCCGAAUGUAAUCGACCUGCCAAUACAGGAGGAGAUCAGCACGACGCCAAUUACGUUCAUGUGCAAAGACCCUUCAAAGGUGAAGCUCUUGUUCGACCUCGUGCCGACCUAUUCUGGGUCCACGGAUAAGAGAAUCGCGCGAGCUGUUGCACUCCUGUCCAGCAUCAAGACUGGUGUUGGCAACAAGCGCACGACUUUGCAGACUGAUCUUAGCGUCCCUCUUCUUGCUGGACCCAACUUCGAUGUCAUUGGGACAAUCAACUUCAAUUUUCUGAUCAUCACGCCCUUCAAGCAUCCAAACCUCAGCAUUUCUGAAGAGAAGACGUAUUGGACCAAGUCGUCCACCAGGGUAAUUGGCCACCGCGGCCUUGGCAAGAACAUGUCAACCAAAACGUCCUUGCAGCUCGGAGAGAACACGAUUCAGUCUUUCAUCACUGCAGCCAACUUGGGCGCUUCAUACGUUGAGUUCGACGUACAGAUGACAAAAGACCACGUUCCGGUCAUCUAUCAUGACUUCACUGUCAGCGAGACAGGUGCAGAUGUGCCGGUGCAUAGCCUGACCUUGGAGCAAUUCCUAGCUUUAAGCGACACGCCUAAGCCAUCACGACCAAAUUCGCCGCCCACAAUACAAGGACGCAGUGACCGAGCUGUCCAGGACCGACGUAUACAGCGAUCAUACUCAGUCGGUGCGCCAUUUGAGGACACCAAAAGAGAUCGCCUCAAGCACACGCGUGAUUUCAAGAUCAAAGGCUUCAAGGGCAACACCCGUGGUGAUGUGAUUCAGUCGCAAUUCACGACGCUUGAGCAGAUGUUCGACUCGCUUCCGGAAGAUGUCGGCUUCAAUAUUGAGAUGAAGUAUCCUAUGCUUUUCGAGCUUGUGGAAGAAGAGAUGGACACCUACGCCAUCGAGCUCAACUUGUUCGUUGACACGGUGCUUAAGAUGGUGUACGACCGACGGAAGAAGAGGAACAUCGUCUUCUCUUCUUUUCAUCCAGACAUUUGCUUGAUGCUCACCUUCAAGCAGCCAUCAAUUCCCGUUCUAUUCUUGACCGAUGCUGGAGUCUCGCCUGUCGGAGAUAUCCGAGCGUCGUCACUUCAAGAAGCAAUUCGCUUUGCGUCGCGCUGGAACCUUCUGGGCAUCGUCAGCGCCGCUGACCCCUUCGUGCUCUGUCCACGACUCAUUAAUGUCGUCCAGUCAUCCGAGCUUAUUUGUGUCUCCUAUGGAACUCUGAACAACGACCCGCACAACAGCAAUCUGCAAGCGCAAGCCGGGAUCGACGCUGUGAUUGUCGACAGCGUAGCACGAAUCCGAAAAGGUUUGACAGAAGCAGAGGCUCCGAAGAGCAUCACAAAUGGAGAGCAAGACAAGGAACAAAAAGGCGUCAGGGGGAUACGCAAAUGGAGCACACCUUCAACAUGCGCCAGUCAUGUGUGA